AGAAUAAAAACAAAACACCCUACCUACUACAUUCAACUUGAACACCCCUCUCCCGCUACUACCACCACUCCUCUAUCGUCUCGUUCAAGGUCGGGUGUUUUCUAGUUCUCGUCAGCCCGGAGGUUUCAUCACUCGACCCAUUCAUUCUGAUUUUUUAAUUGUCACUAAAAAAAAAAAUCACCGCCGCCCCCCCUCUCCAAAAAAAUAAGCAAGAACUAAAAACUCUGUUUUUUUUCUCUUACCCCCAGUACCGACAGGAUUGUACCUACCUUAAAGGUAGAGAUGGACAGCCACAGUGCUAACCCAAAUGUUAAUCUGCAGCAGCAACAACAACAGCAACAACGCCGUAACAGACUGACUAAGAAACCUCCAUCUCAACAUCGCAACCAUAGUCACAGCCGAGGACAUAGUUUCUCACUCACCGCUGAUGGUCGCUUUGACGCCCAAUCCCUUCAGAGCAAACGGAGCUCCACGAGUCUGAGGCGAGCUCCAAGCGCUCCCCACAGAACUCCCGCUGCCGCUGCCGCUGCCGCUGGUGUUGGCGUUGGUACAGCCACUACCGCUUCCGCUCCCAUUAACACAAAUUACAACACCAUUAACAAAACCACCACCACUACAACGCCUAACGUUCCAGUUAACCUGGGCAUUAACAACGCGUCAAACUCCUCUGCACCCUUACAAUCACAAUCGCCCCGUCAUCUACCGCCCGUCACUACUAACAAUAAUUAUAACAAUUACAAAAAUUACAACCACGAUUACACCACCCACUCUUCACCCGUGCUAUCGCCCCGUCAAUUUUUGCCCUCCACAAUUUCGACUCCUCAUCACCUAGCCUCGUCUUCGCCCACACAUUCCCCCUCCAACAACGUAUUCCCCGUCGCUUCUGCUGACGGACCCCGAAUUGGGCCUGGAGCCGGUAAAGGAAUAGGUGUAGGCAUAGGUAUUGGGAAAUCGAAGCCACGAGAUCAGCGUUUGUCCGAUCCUCAUAUUCUAUCACCCCUCUCUUCUCAGACGCCUGAAGAAUUCGUCGGCGCGCCCUUUGACGGCAACUUCAUCCUAAAUCAUUUUGAGGCUACCAAGUCGCCGACGUAUCAGUAUCCAUCCACCCAUCCUCAUACUCCUACCCACAACCCUAACCGUCCCGCACUACCCCCACCAUCGAAUUCGAGUCCCGACCCACGUGUGAUGAGUCCUCCUCUACGACAAUCGGCUAGCUUUUCUGCUCUCGACGCCGUCAACAUGUCGGAGAAGUCCCAUGGUGCGCGCGUCAACGAGAGCCAAGUUGUUCCUCCGAAGCGAUACUCGGAUGAGGGCAAAGAACUAAAAGGUCCUGGUGUAUUAAGAAAGAAGUCUGGCUUCUCUGGCCUUAUGAGCACAUUGGUGGGGUCGCAAAAGAAACCUAUUAUAUCCGCACCCGAGAAUCCCGUCCAUGUCACUCACGUCGGCUAUGAUAGUUCUACUGGUCAAUUUACGGGCCUGCCGAAAGAAUGGCAACGACUAAUUAACGAGAGUGGUAUUCCGGAGAAUGCUCGAAGGGAAAACCCACAGAUGAUCGCCGACAUCGUCACUUUCUACAAGGAGACUACAGAGAAGCCUCAUGAGGAUCAAGUGUUGGAGAAGUUUCAUGAUGUGAGAGCUCAGGAGCUGCGCGCCCCCUCUGGCGGAAUGGCAACAUCCCCCGGCAUGUAUGCAUCAAACUAUGCGGGUAUGUCACCUAUGAUUAGUCCACCAGCAAGUCCGAGAUUUCCAAUCGUGAAUAAUGAAGGCACCUUCGAGAAUCCCCGAGCCCCUCCUCCCGUACCCGUCCCUGGGAAGAGUCCAGCACUACAUUCCCUCAAGGAUCAUCCCAACUUGCAACCAAGUCGACCUGCGCCGAAGCCCCCUGUCUCGUUGCAGACGCGAACAGUACAGCAAUCACCUUAUGCCACUAAGGACUCGGGUAUUGGCAUGGCGCAAGCAGGUGAAGAUCUCCACUCGCCUCUUACCCACACCCCGUCGCUAAAGGACAAUGUUCCUAUGCUCCCCGAAGAGCACCGAUCGAGAUCGAAUUCGCGAGUGAAUGGAAGCCAACAACAUGGCCCUGUCGGCCAACAAUCACCUAAUCCUCAGACAUCGUAUCAACAGCAAUUGAUGCAACAUCAGCAAGAGCAGGCAAUGGCUCAGGCCCAGGCUGCCAUGAAGGGCCAACUGGGUAGAUCUGCAAGCACUAAGCAACCACCGGCCCAGCCGAUGCCCCCGAGCUCGCAGCACCCCAUCAACCGCCCGCCGGAGGCCAAUGGUGCAGGCGGCGCAGGCCAUCCAGCGCGCGUUGGGCCUCCGGCACAGCAAUCGCGUCCCCGUCAGAGGCCGCGGCAGAGCAGCAGCAUAGAUGUCGCGGCAGCUUUGAAGCGCAUCUGCUCUGAGGGCGAUCCCCGCGAACUCUACCGUGGUUUCACUAAGAUCGGGCAGGGCGCGUCUGGAGGCGUAUAUACCGGUCAUGAACGAGGAACGAACCGACUAGUAGCUAUCAAGCAGAUGAAUCUUGAACAGCAGCCAAAGAAGGACCUGAUCAUCAACGAGAUUCUAGUUAUGAAGGAGAGUUCCCACCCGAACAUCGUCAACUUCAUAGACAGCUAUUUGUGCGGUGGUGAGCUGUGGGUUAUUAUGGAAUACAUGGAAGGCGGUAGUUUAACUGAUGUGGUGACUUUUAACAUAAUGACGGAAGGGCAGAUAGCGUCUGUCUGCAGGGAAACCUUGAAAGGUCUACAACAUCUACAUUCUAAAGGCGUUAUCCACAGAGAUAUUAAGUCCGACAAUAUCCUACUAUCGUUGGAUGGCAAUAUCAAGCUCACCGAUUUCGGUUUCUGUGCACAGAUCAAUGAGGCGCAUAACAAGCGCACUACAAUGGUUGGCACCCCGUAUUGGAUGGCGCCAGAGGUCGUGACAAGAAAAGAGUACGGAAGAAAGGUCGAUAUAUGGUCUCUGGGCAUCAUGGCGAUUGAGAUGAUCGAGGGCGAGCCACCAUACCUUACAGAAUCGCCUCUCCGUGCGUUGUGGUUAAUCGCUACCAACGGUACACCUCAGAUUAAGGAAGAGCAUAACUUGUCUCCAGUAUUCCGAGAUUUCCUUUACUUCGCCCUCAAGGUAGAUCCGGAGAAACGUGCGAGCGCGCACGAUUUACUUAGGCACGACUUUAUGAAGACAUGCGUUGACUUGGCGUCUUUGUCUCCGCUCGUCAAAGCUGCCAGAGAAGCUCGACUAGAGGAGAAGGCCAGCAAAGGCCAAUGAGGUGCCCGCCAAUGGUGUUAGGGUGUUCUUUUUAUUUUUAUUUUUUGGAAGAUGUUUAGGAAAUCUUGGAAUAAUUCGACGUACUCGGGCUUCUGAGGGAUUGAAUAAGUACGAUUACAAUUAUCCCCAUACUCAGGAGUACAUCUCGCAAGACCUUCGCAGUUUUGCAAUAUCUCCGGCCAUAGGGAUGAUUACGUUAU